UCGGAAGAUGCGUCCGGGCUUAUAAGAGCUUGUCAGGGCGUCAAGAGCGGGGUAAAAAGUAAGCAACGAUGCGGGGCACUGAGCUGCUGCUCGGUUACUUUCUGGUGAAAGUUAUGGUGUGCGACGCGGAAGGCGAGCCAGGUCAGACCGUCGACGACUUCAUGAUAGUGACGGGGUUUAACGACUCAAAGGAAGAGGACAGCGGAGUCACGGAGAGCCCGCACAUGGAGGACAAGUGCCGCGGCUACUACGACGUGAUGGGUCAGUGGGAUCCGCCGUUCGUGUGCAGGACGGGCAGCUACCUGUACUGCUGCGGCACCUGUGGCUUCAGGUUCUGCUGUGCGUUUAAAAGCUCCCGGCUGGACCAGACCACCUGUAAGAACUACGACACCCCGCCGUGGAUGAUGACAGGAAGACCACCACCAAAAGUGGACGUGGCACUGGACACCGCGAAGGAUAAAACCAACCUCAUUGUGUAUGUAAUAUGCGGGGUCGUGGCCAUAAUGGCACUCAUAGGAAUUUUCACCAAGCUGGGUUUGGAAAAGACGCACCGUCCGCACCGAGAAAAUAUGUCAAGAGCUCUUGCACAUGUUAUUCGCCAUCCUGCCUCAGAACAUACGGAUGACAUUGGACUUGGCCAGCACUACGAGAACAUACAAACCAGAGUCACAGUUAACAGUCUCCAUAGCAACCAGACAAACAACAUGGUUCAAACAUCUACUCUGAUAGCACAGCCUUAUCCACCUGUGGGACAGAUCACCAGCCCCUAUGAACAACAGAAGACUGUCAAGGAUCUCAACAAGUAUGCCACGCUCAAGGCUGUGGCGGAGAAAGCUAAUGACAGCUUCUAUAGCAACCGGCGGCAAGUGAUCGAGAUGACAACCAAGGGCAGCCUUCCCAUGGAAGUUGUGGAUAUGGAGCCAGAGCCAAGUAAUCCUUAUAGCCCACCCAGACAGCUGUCUGCAAAGCAGAAUGGACACAAGUACAAAAGCCCCAAGAGCCACAGCUCCCAGACGCUGUCCUACGGCUCCAACACUGCUGCCAGCCCAGGAGUGCUAAGAACCUGGGAUAGCAAGGACACACUUGGACUCCGACAGAGCUAUGGCCCAAAGAAACUCUGUAUCAUAGAGAAGGAGCUGCACACCACUCGCUAUAUGCCUCCCCAACCAUACUUUGUCACCAACAGCAAGACAGAAGUGACAGUAUGAGGGACUGUCAAAAGAUCAGGCUUAAAAGGAGUCUGAAUUUAAGAAAGACAGUAGCUGCGGACUGUGGGUUGUAAAAGAAAUCAGCAUGAACUUCAGUAUGUGCAGUUCAUGCAUGUAAUAGGCAGCAUUUAAGACACCAUGCAUCAAGUGGGCACAGUGAUGAAUAUAUUGUCAUUGAUAUUCAUAUAAUACAACUGAUAAAACAAAACAUAAAAGUUACAUAACUCAUGUAUAACUGAUGAGAUAUGUGACACAUACAGUACUGUCAUCAGUAUUAAAUGAGAUAUCAGUGCACCUUAAAAUUAAAGUAUAUUGUAUAAUUUCUAUUAAAUCAACACUGUCUAAAUGAGAAAACCUUCCUUAUUUAUCUGAUCAAGGCUAAGUAGCCUGUGGUUAAUUGGGUAUUGAUGAAAUGCUUUACUGGACAAUUUACAGAUACUGUUUGAAAAUGUUUGGCACUGCUACACUGCUACUUUAGGUGUUAGGUGAUCAAGUACAGUGUCCCAGGAUGAUACAUUUACUUACCUUCAAGCUAUUGUUUAUUUUAAAUGAAAGAUCUAGUACUUCUCAGUAUAUCACACACAUUAAUCAGGAAGGACGUUACAGUUAAAUAAGCAUAACAGAUCACAGCGCAUUGUUAUACUUAAACUUGACCCUAAGAUCUCAACAAUCAACUAAAUCCAAAACAUUACUUGCAUAUGUAUUGUGGUUCAAAGUCUUAAAAACAUGAGCGACAUCAGUUGGUCACAAACAUUUUUGAUGGCCAUGACUAUUACUGACUUAAGUAAGAACUGUAUUCAUUUAAGAAAUAGACUUUGAGACAUAAAUGUUGUCUAAAAGUAGGUUUUUCAGGUUUGUUUCCAAAAUGCUGUACAUUCGUUUUGGAGAGAUUCAUAAGCUAAGUUUAUCAUUCAGUGUUUCUAAAAUAUAGAGGAAUCACCAGUCUGUGAAAGUGUUACUGUUGACCUAAAUAACUUAAAAUCCAUUAAAAAGUCCAUUUAACUUUUGUGAAUGUAGUGUCACUUUUUAAAGUGGUAGAUGUCUCAUUUUGAAGGAAACCUUCCAAAUGCAUUCAACCAAGUCACUGCCAACAGACAUCCUACAGAUACAUAUAUUUCUAUGAUUACUAGGAGAAGUAGCUGCAGAGUGUUGAACCAGUGUUGUAUUGGUGUAAUAGUACCUCUCAUCAGUACCAGCAUGUGUGUGAUUAUCCUAGAAUAUACUGUAGAUGAAGCCCCAGUAUUAGAGGUGAUUGGUCUAAUCCAUUAUACCCCCAACAGAAGUCAUUUCCAGUGUGAAGACGGUGGCUCAGAGUUUGCAUCAUAGUUAAAAAUCUCAGCUGUUUUAACAAUGAAUUCCAAAUCUUACAUUUAUUGAAUGUAUCCAGACUGACAGUUUGAAACCAGUGGUGAAGUAACAGUUGACGUUUCCAGUGUUGGAGGUGAAUAGUUAAUUAACUUUGUCAGGAUGAAUGUAAAAAUGUUGUGAAGCACAGUCAAGUUUUUUUUGUCUGUUACUCAUCAAAUAAAUGGGUCAGCUAAAGACAUAUAAACAGUUUUUGUCUGACUGACCCUAACAGCUUACAUGACAUUACUUUCCUACCUAUUAAAAAUAUAUCUUUGAAUAUUGGUCACCACUUCUUAACUCAGCUGAAGUACCAGAUCAAGAACUUAUUGAAAAAGGACAUUAGAGCGCUGGAAUUGAUACCACACUUGGCAAAAAAAUCUUUUCUGGUGCAAUUGAUCAUUUGUUGCACUGAUUUCCAAGCCAAGCAAUAUAAAAAGAUGCUCACGUCUGCCUGCAAGUCUUACUCAUAUUGACUAUUUCAAGCAGCUGAGGACUGGAUACACAGGUGGGAAGUGGGAACUGCUAGUAUAUAAGGUGUAUUUAUGUAUUCUCCAGUCCAAAUCAUAGCUAUUUAUAUUCUUACAGACGUCCAAUCAAACUGUAUGCACAACCUUCCAAAAUAUGUAUAUCUAGUGCACCAAACUGUCCUGUUACAUAAUUAAUCAACUGUUUUAGUGCUUCACCCUUAUAUGAAAUCUGUUGUUCACACUCAACUAUUAAUUUAGCUGAGACCUUUAUUUACGCAAACAAUGUUGUAUAGUGACUACCAUUAAAUGUUCUUGUUUUGUGAAUGUAAAUGGUGAUUUCUUCCGCCCAAAGAUACUGAAAUCACUAUUAUUAAGCUACAGUGCACCAAAUUUACACAUGAAGAUCUACUGUAAUACUGACAGUUAAAACAUAAUGUGUAUAUUAUCUGUUUGCUUUGCAACAUCCAGUAGUGAGAACACAGUAGCAAUGUUAUAUUUUGGUAAAGUUUAAAGAAAAGCCCCUAUAAUUACAGGUCUAAUGCGGUCAUUCACUAUGAUGGUUAUCAAUUAUUUGUAUAACUCUUUGCUCAUUAUCAGAUUAUGCAUCUGAUUUCCAAAUUGCUCCAACUGUUGUUUUAAGUUUUUAUGUACAAUACAAAGUUACUUUGGUUCAAGAUGCCCUAUUAAAUAUAUUUAUCACCUCUGUAUUUGAUAGUUUGUUAUCCUGGACAAUUACUAAGCAUUUAAAUGUUUUCCAUACAUUGUUUGUGCAGUAAAAUAUAAUCCCCACCCUGCCAGUGUUCUGCAAAAACCUCAAGUCUUUAAGAUGCCUCUUUUGUUAUAUUGACUUAUAUGAAAUUGCUGGUAAACCUGUGGCUCAGUUUCAUUGUGGUAUUUUAAAACUGUCAAUGAGCUGUAGCACAAUGAUUUUGUUUACCUGCCAGUUGGAAUGUUAAAAACUGUCUGCAAAGCUACUAGAGCUUUUAACAUUUUAUAAUUGGUUUGUUCAAUGGACUUACCUCUUUCUUUUUAACUAAAAAGAAAAACAUUUGGCUUAUGGUCAGGUCUAGUGUGCCAGCAGCAAAAAAAUCAAAGGAGACACAUAUAACCAUAAAAACAAAGAAACAAAUGUCUACAGAGGUAAGUUGUCUUUGGUGCUCAAUAAAACCUUUAGUUGUUUUUUCCUUUUUAAAUUCUGAUUCCCCCCAACACCACACCGGAUCAUAUCGUAACAUGGAAGAGCACUUGAGUGCAGCCAAAUUACCUCUUUGUUUUAAUCUACUACAGCUUAUGGGACUUUCUGUUUCAGUGUGCUCCAGCUGUAAAACGUGACGUGUCAUUAUACUGUCUACAUUAAAACUAUUUUUAAUA